AGCAUUGAAAGAUGGUGGAGAGUGGAGAAGAGGGGAUGGCGGCGGCUUGUGACGUGGCGAACUAAUAAAAAUUAAAUCUUUUUAAUACCGAAAAUCGACUUUUCCAAGCCUUUGAAGUCAACCGUCUCCCUCUUCUCUCCCGGGGGCACAGAGGAAAGAAACAGAGCAUCUCUGUCUUUUUCCUCUGUACUCCGGAAGCUGAUCGAAGCAAAACACAGACGAAGAACAAUGGUGAACCAAGAGAGGCUGACGCUGAUACUGGUGAAUCUGGCGGCGAUUAUGGAACGAGCAGACGAAUCGCUGCUACCAGGAGUCUACAAAGAAGUCGGCGCCGCUCUCCACACCGACCCAACUGGUUUAGGUUCCUUAACUCUCUUCAGAUCCAUCGUCCAGUCCUCUUGUUACCCACUGGCAGCUUACCUCGCUUCCCGCCAUAAUCGCGCCCACGUCAUUGCUCUCGGCGCUUUCCUCUGGGCUGCCGCCACUUUCCUCGUCGCCAUUUCCUCCAGCUUCUUGCAGGUUAGGUCUUUGGGUUUGAUGGGACUAUAUCAGGGACAGAUCUGUUGAGCUGGGAAACCGAUUUUGCUCAUAAACCAAUUUAGUUUCUGGUAAAUCUUUGAAGGUUGAGAAUUUGAAUUCGGUUCGAAUUGGGUAGAUCCACAAGGUUUGUACCCAUUGGGAACCUUGCAUUUGAUGGAUUCUUCUUAAUCUUUUUCAGUUUUCAAAGAUUGGAGAGUUGGUAAUUAUUUGUAGGGGAUAGUGUGCUGCAAAAGGGUGUAACAUUGAUCGAAGCAGCCCGGAUUCAAACCCGGGUUGAAAGCUACAAGGAGACGUGGUAAUUCUAUUUGCAAUUUGAAGUGUUAUAGUCCUGGAGAUAAGCUGCAGAACAACUCUUUCUAUGCAAAUUGGGAUUUGAAGUAUUGAUCCAACGAUCUGCAUUUGCUUAAACAUUUAGGUGGCAAUCUCUAGAGGCCUGAAUGGGAUUGGACUCGCCAUAGUAACACCCGCGAUCCUGUCCUUAGUCGCUGAUUCCACCGACGACAGCAAUCGUGGUACUGCAUUCGGAUGGUUAGCGCUAACAGCAAACCUCGGUUCAAUCAUUGGAGGCCUGUGUUCAGUGCUGAUUGCUUCAACAACCGUCAUGGGUAUUCCAGGCUGGCGAGUGGCUUUCCAUUUGGUCGCCAUAAUAAGCGUAGUAGUCGGCAUUUUGGUCCGCCUUUUCGCUCAUGAUCCACAAUUCUCUGAGGACAACAACAAGCAGCAGCAGAACUCUCCUCCCCGGACUUUCGUCUCUGAGAUGAAGGAAUUGAUGAGAGAAGCCAGGUCAGUGAUGAAGAUACCAUCUUUUCAGAUAAUUGUGGCUCAAGGUGUGUCUGGUUCGUUUCCUUGGUCUGCUCUAUCUUUUGCUCCAAUGUGGUUGGAACUUGUGGGCUUUUCGCAUGAGAAGACUGCACUUUUGAUGACAUUCUUUACGGUUGCGAUAUCUAUUGGUGCACUGUUUGGUGGGAUAAUGGGAGAUGCUUUGGCUAAGAGGUUACCGAAUUCCGGGAGGAUCAUUCUGUCGCAAAUUAGUUCUGGCUCGGCCAUACCUCUAGCUGCUGUACUACUUCUGGUGUUGCCUGAUGAUCCGUCAACAGGAUUCAUUCAUGGCUUGGUCUUGUUUGUCAUGGGGCUUUCGAUAUCUUGGAAUAGUCCAGCCACCAACAAUCCAAUAUUUGCAGAGAUAGUACCUGAGAAAUCACGGACCAGCAUCUACGCUCUGGACAGAUCAUUCGAGUCAAUCUUAGCUUCGUUUGCUCCUCCAGUGGUGGGAAUCCUGGCUCAACAUGUCUAUGGCUACAAAGUCCCCAAAAGAUCAUCAUCAGCAGAGAGUUCUGUACAAAUUGAGACAGACAGGGAGAACGCUGCAUCGCUUGCUAAGGCGCUCUACUCUGCAAUCUGCAUACCUAUGGCGGUAUGCUGUCUCAUCUACUCGUUCUUGUACUGCACGUAUCCGAGAGACCGUGAUCGUGCAAAGAUGAGUGCACUGAUCGAAUCAGAGCUCCAGCAGUUGGAUGAUGACUAUGGUGAUGAUGAGCAGACCGUCAUGGAUAUCGAGUACGGGAAAGAAGAUGAGGAGAACAACGUUGGUCUGGAUGAGAGUGACGAGAAGAGCUUACUGAGUGAUGAUCAGGUUUCGAAGUUAGAUCACAGAUGAUGAUGAAACUGUUGUAUGAAAGAAUGAAGAGUGUCUAUAUAGUAUGUAUACUGAUCUUCUGUGUAAGCAUCAUCGUAUGAACAAAAAAGAAACUAACUUUACCCUGUAAUUUUUCUUUUUGACAAUGAUGACAAAGAGUUCUGCCAUUUUUGUGUCCAUAUUGAUCUCAAGUUGCCGGUU